AUGACGGAACGCCGCCUCGCCUUCGAUCAGUCCUUCCAAGCCGGAAAAGAAAGGCAUGGAGUGCAGGAAAAGACGAGCCAGGAGGUGCCGUGCCGUGCGCAGGUGACGGAGCAGCCUGUAGUAGAACAGGUUGAAAUGGUCGAGAGCGAUGCACCACCACAGGUCCUCGGCAGUACGAAUAUGUACGACAAGCAUGGCAAGAUCCGACUGAUACCUACACCGUCGCCGGAUCCAAAGGGCGUGUAUACAUCAUUCCACCCCCUGAAUCUGCCGACUUGGCGGAAAUGGACCGCUAUCGGCGUGAUAUGUUUCUUCGGCGCGCUCUCCAUCUCAGCCGAGAUGGCCGUAGGCAGCCUCCUCCCCGUCUUCCUACUCGAGUACUCAGGCCUCGACGCCGCAGAAGUCCUGCGCAACACCGACUUCCAGGCCAAACUGGCCGGCAAGAGGGGUCUGGACCCACUGGCCGUGAUCCCCGACGGCGUCGCGGCCGUCUCGCUGGCCCGGGUCUACCUCCUCGUGCCGCUGUCGAUUGGCGUCGGGCGCCGGCCCGUCCUGCUGCUGACCGCGACGCUGUCGUGGGCGGGCGGGCUGUGGGCUGGUUGUAGUGGCUCGCUCGAGGCGCAUCUUGCGGCGCGCGUCGUGCAUGGUCUCGGCGCGGGGGCCGUGGAGGCGCUGCUGCCGCUUAUUGCGCAGGAUAUGGUGUUUAUUCAUCAGCGAAAUCGUGCGCUUUCUACUAUCAUUGCUAGCCAGGGCCCUAUUGCCUUCGCGACUGCUAUUGUUGGCCCCUAUAUCGCGGUGACCUUGACCUGGCGUUGGAUCUACUGGAUCACGUCGGUCCUGGGCAUAGUGGCUUGGGUCCUCAUCAUCGUCUUUGUUCCCGAGACGCGGUAUAAUCGAUCCGAGGAGGAGCUCUGUACGUGA